AUGCACCGACCUCGAACCAACUUCUCCUCCGUGGAUCCGUACACUGGCAGUCAGGACCAGGUCUUACAGCAGCAACAGCAACACCGUGACUUUGAUGGUGGCUAUAGCAGCUAUCCGCGUACUCGAGACAUUUAUUCUCGCCGGUCAUCCUAUGGCCAAGGAAGUGGCCGCAUAAUGGAUCCGCAAUCCGCCACCUUCAGAAUGAAUCAAGCCCGCUGGCGCGAUGACCCCGCGGCCCCACUCUCCUGGUCUCACAAGAUCGAUAGAGGUAGAUGGGUUGGCGGCUACACCAGUGAGCGUCUAGGCUCAGAGAAGCAUCUCAUGAUGGAAGAAUUUCACUUCGCCGGUCGGGCUGUUGAUAUGAUUCUCGUGGAUACACGCGAGGGCAAUCCGGCUCGCCAGGGUCGAAGUCUCUUUCCUGGGAAACUGGCACAACUGGCAUACUUUAAGGCGCUUUUUGAUUGGUGCUUCUUCUCCAGAGACGGAUAUGUCCACUGUUC